ACUCCCCGCCCAGCGCCUGCCUGACCGUAGCCCUCUAACCAGUGAGUGCCGGGGGGCAGGAGACAAAGCUUGGUCUAACCCGGGGCACUUGGGGUCCGCACUCCCUGUGCUCUGGCUGGUGCACGCGGGGGCCCCUGGUGCUGCUCUGCUCCGUGCAGGCUCGCGGCGCUUUCCCCUCGCUGCCUCUCGCCGCCUCUGCUCGCCUGGGCUUGGAAGUGCGGCGGGGGAAGCUCGCCUCGCGCUGCCUGGGGUGUCGGCUCCCUCCGCUCGGCGGCGCGCAGGGGCAGCCGUUCGUGAGUCUCGCUGCUCUGUGGGCCCUGCGGGUGAGGUGGGAGCCCCUGCCCCCAUCUUCCACCUGUGGCGUUGUUCUGAGCCUUUGUGACGCGCCCGCGUUCCCUCAGCUGCUGGAGUUCCCGGGGGCCUUUCGGACUCUCCCGGCCUCGGGGAGCCGUUAAAAGCACCUGCCGGGUGCGCGAGGCGCUUGCAACAGGCGCUGCUGCGCAGCUUCUGGGCUCCGAUGUUAUCCUCCUGGGUAACGGGCGCCGCAGCCGGGAUAGUCUUCCUGCACCUCGUCCAGAAAUUCCUCUUCCCCUACUUCUGGCUCGACCUGAACUACCUGCUGAAAGUGGUAAUCCAUGGGCUGACCCUGGAAAGCUACAGGCUGCGCGGGAAGAUUUUCACGGUGCUGGACCGGUUUGUGAAAGAAGCGGAAAGGCAGCCCCGCAAGCCGUUCAUCCUUUACGAGGGGAAUGUGCACACUUACCAGGAUGUGGACAGGAGAAGUAACAGGGUAGCUCACGUCUUGCUGCAAGAGGGGGCUCUGAAAAAAGGGGAUACCGUUGCCCUGCUGAUGAGCAAUGAACCCGACUUCAUCCACGUGUGGUUUGGAGCGGUCAAGCUGGGCUGUGUGGUGGCAUUCCUCAACAUCAACAUCCACGCCAAGUCCCUUCUGCACUGUAUCAGUAGCUGUGAGCCCAAGAUGCUAGUUGUGGGAGCAGAUAUGGUUGGAACCUUAAAGGAAAUUCUUCCCAGCCUCCAAAAAGAUAUUGAUGUUUGGGUAAUGACAAAAGACUGCACUCUGCCAAAUGUUAAAACCCUUUUAGACAAACUGGAAGCUGCAUCUGAAGACGGUGUACCGGUUAAUCUUCGCUCUGUAAACAACCUCAAGUCUUCUGUACUCUACAUUUUUACCUCAGGAACAACAGGUCUACCAAAAGCUGCAGUUAUCACUCAUCUGCAGGUUCUGAAAGGAGCUGCAGGGUUAUGGGCAUUUGGUGCUACUGCCAAUGACAUUAUUUAUAUAACUCUCCCUCUUUACCACAGUUCAGCUUCUCUCCUUGGCAUUGGUGGAUGUAUUGUACUGGGUGCAACUAUUGUCUUAAGAAAGAAAUUCUCAGCUAGUCAGUUCUGGAGUGACUGCAAAAAGUACAAUGUGACUGUUAUCCAGCACAUUGGAGAAAUUUGUCGUUACCUUUGCAACCAACCUGUGAAAGAAGGAGAAAAAGAUCACAAAGUUCGCAUGGCAAUAGGAAAUGGAUUAAGAAGUGAUGUGUGGCAAGAAUUUUUAGUCCGAUUUGGUGACCUCAAGAUGUGUGAGUUUUAUGCGGCUACUGAAGGAAACAUUUGUUUCAUGAACCACUGCGGGAAAAUUGGAUCUGUGGGACGUACCAAUUUCUUUUAUGAGCUUUUUUUCCCUUUUGACUUAAUCAAGUAUGAUAUUCAGAAAGAUGAACUGAUUAGAAAUAAGCAUGGUUGGUGUGAGAAGGUUAAGAAAGGUGAGGCUGGUCUUCUCAUUUCCAAAGUGAAUGUAAAAAAUCCUUUCUUUGGUUAUACUGGGAGCAAGAUACAUACAGAAAAGAAAUUGCUCCAUGAGGUGUUCAAGAAAGGAGACCUUUACUUCAACACCGGGGAUCUGAUGGUUCAAGACAAAGAGAAUUUUCUUUACUUUUGGGACAGGAUCGGGGAUACCUACAGAUGGAAAGGAGAGAAUGUUUCAACCACUGAAGUUUCUGAUGUCAUUGGUAUGUUGGACUUCAUUCAGGAUGCCAAUGUAUAUGGUGUUCCUGUGCCAGGUCAUGAAGGAAAUGUGGGAAUGGUCUCUGUUGUAUUAAAGCCUAAUAGAUCAUUAGAUCUGAAACAAAUGUAUGAACAAGUUGUGAUGUAUCUUCCAGGGUAUGCUUGCCCAAUAUUUUUAAGACUCCAGGAAAUAAUGGAAGUUACCGGAACUUUCAAACAACAAAAAUUUAAGUUGGUGAGCGAGGGAUUUAAUCCAUCUUCAAUCACUGAUCAACUGUAUUUUUUAGACCGUUCUAAAAAAUCUUACGUUCCACUAACCAAAGAACUUUAUGAGAAGAUCUUUUCUGGGCAGCUGAAACUUUAAUUGAUGUUUAAACUAUUAACAUAUUUGUUAACUACUUUGUAAGACACAACAAAGACAUUAAGUAAUAUUGGUAUUCUUGAUAUUUUGCAGCCAUCUCUUUGGAUUCAAAAGUUUCAUUACACCGUUCAUUUUUUGUCAUUACUGAAUGCUAAUUGUUUUCUACCUCCUGAAAUACCAAAUAUUAAAAUUACUUUAAAA